GGAAUAGAGACUCUUCUCCAAUACUCCAAAAUUAUGUCUAACGAGUACUGGAUCCUUUAAGAGUCUAGAACGAAUGGAUGUGGCUAGGCUGCAUCUAGGGGAUCGACGAGAGGUGUAAUGUGUCCUCUAAGCAGUGUCGCCUCAUGGCUGACAUGCGGUAUACCUCUAUGCCCCGCGACUUGUCCACAGAAUCCGUUGCUGCUCUGCGAAUAUCAGAGUGUGCGCCUUUGGAUUGUCAGGAUAAGUCGUUUACCGGGGAUACUAGCUCUUCUAGCGGUCCUCUGUUGCCUUGCGACAAGGACCAGAAAGAUACAGUGCACAAGGAACGCAAGGAGCAUCGUGAAAAGCCAAAGCCAUACAGAAAGUAUUCCGAGCUGACUCCACCUCCUGUACAAAGUUGCUACGAUAAUUAUGGAAGUUCAGUGGCAUGUAAAUCUAAUUCCCUACCUGGACGAUGCAACAGCAACUCACCUGUCGCCAACGUUACAGUUGCAACAAAUAUACAAGCAGAGGAUUUGGCUACUCAGCUAACGCUUUUAGAUCUAAGCGCUUUUCAAUCAAUUCGACCCGAGGAAUUAUCAAGUUGUUCCUGGAAUAAAAAGAAUAAACUUAUAGUAGCACCUAAUGUCGUUGGAUUCACUAGGAGAUUCAAUCAUGUCAGUUUCUGGACUGUCCAGGAGAUACUGAAUGCUCCCACACCAAAGCAACGUUGUGAAAUAUUAAUUCAUUUCAUCAGGGUUGCUAAAAAAUUAUACGACCUAAACAAUCUUCAUUCUUUAUUCGCUGUCAUCUCCGGAAUGCAAUGUGCUUCCAUUUACCGAUUAAGCAAAACGUGGGCCUGUCUUUCAAAGAAGGAUAAGAUGACGUUUGAUAGAUUAGCUGAAGUUUUCAGUGAUAAGAAUAAUUGGAUGAAUCUCAGGGAGCAUAUAGAUUCACUGAAACUACCAUGCAUUCCUUACUUGGGUUUAUUUCUCACAGACCUCGUUUACAUCGAUAUGGCUCAUCCCGCCUCAAAGAACAAUGACAAUCAUCAGAGGACCUUGAAAAUGAAUAACGUGUUGACUAGGGUGGGCACUUUUCAAGCUAGUGAAUAUCCAGGAAUAACUAUUUUACCUGACGUCCAACGUUACUUGAAUAGUGUUCGAUAUAUUGAAGAAUUACAGAAAUUCCUAGAAGACGAUCAUUACAAAUUAUCUAUGAAACUUGAGCCUAAUUCGCCCGCACCUUCUUCAAGCAGUAGCAAAGAAUCAGUUGGGGAUGUUGCAGGUGUUGCCGCUCUUUCUUUAUCACCAGCUAGAGGAUGUGCUGGUUCGCUCAGACUACACGCCGCCUCUGCUGCCAAUAAAUUUGUCCCAGGUCAUCGGAAGUGUAGAAGUCUUGGUACAAAAUUCCGUAGCACCAGUCUCCCACGCAACUUCCACAAGCAAGGAGGACGAAUGGGGCCUAGCUUGGCAUCAGCUGGUAUAUUUGGAAAAAGCACGGCAUUACCACUAGAACCAAGUCAAUUGACUGUGAGGCACCUUCUCGACGAUUCUGUUCUCGAAGAGCCUCACUUGACUCCUCAGGUGGUCGAAUUGGAGGAGAAUUCUCCAAGUUCUCCAGCCGAUGCCCUGGACGAUGAUUGCAGCCUGCUUUCACGGACAAGUGCACUGGCCAUAUCCCCACAUGAGCUAGGUGGGUCCAAAGAGCCUCGUUGUGGUCUGCAGGGCUCUCUGCGGCGUAAAGUUAUAUUACGAGAUGGUCGUAAGCCUGCAGUGACAACAUGGCAAAAAUACUGGGUUCAAGUAUGGGCGUCGUCCAUAGUUUACUUUUCGCCCAAAUGUUUCAAAGGAAGCGAGAGGUCAGAUUUUAAACGUGAGCCAUACAAAAUGGUCUCGAUUCUCGGAUGGAUCGUCGAACCGCUAGAUAGUUCCUUACAUCCAGAUGCAUUUAUAUUGACCGACCCGAACAAAGGAAACGUAUACAAAUUCCGCGCAGGGUCUAGUGAGGCAGCAGAACAAUGGUUGAGAGAAUUACGGGCUACCGCACGUGGCGUGACAGAUAAAAAACCCAUACCUGCUAACCUCAUGUCGUUUGAAUAAGUUAGUUUGUAUUUUGUACGCGUAGCAUCUACUAAAAUUUGUGACUAGACAAAUCACUCGAUCAAUUAGUUUUCUCUAUAAAUUUUUACCGAAUUUUUUUUCCCCCAAUACUCAUUCAAUCGAAUCAAAUCAACUAGUGAAUUGAAUAGCAAAAAAACAAGUACAUAAAUAUAAUUUUAUAAUCCCAGACCUCUGGUACGUUAUACUCAAGCACGAAAAAGGACCACAUAUUAAAGAACCACUUGAUCGAGUCCAAGGGGAAACCCAUUAGAAAAGUCUCCUUAGUGCCAGAUAUUUUUUAUCCAACAUAGGACUACGUAUUCGACAUAAAGGACUACUCAAUUGUGUUGUUCGUAACUUUUUAUACGUAUUCUAUCGACUACAAACAGCUAUCCUACACUAGAAAAAAAAACUAUUAUCAUCAUAAUUGCUAUCAAUAUUUUUACUAUAAUUACUAUUACUAUUAUGAUAAUUACGGUUAACGUUUAAUUUAUCGUCAAUGUGCUAUAUGCCGAUGCAAGACCUGAAAGCAAUAUAUUAUGUACAGUGUUAUUAGUAACUCUUGAAAAAAAAAAAAAAAUGAUAUUGAGCGACAUAUCUGAGACAUAUUUAGUAGCGAGCAUAAAAGUUAGGCGCGGUAUCGAUAUUCAAAAAUAAUUUGUAAAAGAAAUUAAAAAAAAAAAUUAAAAAAAAUGGCCUACGUUCGCUUGGAAAAAAUAGAUGUUAGUUAAAAGGCUCUAUAGUAAUAGCCAAAAUAUUGUGGUGAUUCUUUUUUUUCUUUUUUUCUUCAAGCUUGUUAAUUCUUACUGAAUUUUAUCUACAAAGUUUCAAUUUCCCUAAAACAGAAAAAAAACCUAAUGAAAUGAAUAAUAUAUCUUAUGAAACAGCUCAUUAUAUCUGUGUGCCAUUCAGCAGAUUUACAUAAUUAUUGAUUACCAUUUGAAAAAAAAAAAAAAAAAUGGAAAUCAAGAAACCACUGGACAAGCUUCGAUAUUGUUAUAAAUCUGUAAGGAAAAUGUGUUUGAAAAGUAAAAAAAAAAAAGUAAUACGGCAGAAGCACGCCAGCGACAACCCAAGUUGCCAAAGUGUUUAGACUUAUUAAUAUAAUAAUUAUUUAAAUUUAUAAGUAACAUCAAAUCGCUUUUGUAGGUGCAUGAAUAUUGUUAUCAUCAUCAUCAUCAUCAUCAUCAUCAUCGUUAUUAUUGUUAUCUAACUGAAAUGUUUUUUUCACGUUCCUUGUUUUGUUGUUCUUUCUCGUUUUCAAGUAAUAAACUAAGCAGCUUUUUUCUCAUUAUUAAAAAAACAAGAAAAGAAACAUUCAAUCAAAAAAAAAAAAAAAAAAAAUAGGUGUGCACUCUUUCAUGACUUCGACGAAUUUCAUUUUGUUUUAUUUUUCUCCAUUGACUUUGAUCUGGUAGUAGAAUCUCAGAGAAAAUAACAAAAUUUCCGACAGAAUUUUAAAGAUCUGAUUUCUGUAGUUUAACCCGUAGGCAGCUUCGAAUUCGAACUCUCUCUCUACUGAAAGAAUUGAGGAAAUAAAUUUUGAAAGAAAAAACAACUGCUCCUUAUUAACCACCAUACUGUUUUUAGUUUUUUUCUUUCUCCUAUCUCGUUGAUAAAAUUCGUUCGUAUCUCGACAAAAAAUAUACAAGUACUUUACCGAACACACACGCGCUAUACAUAGAUUUCUAUUAUUUUUAAUAAUCUCCAUACGCCUACCUGCAAGCUUCAUCGCUCAUCAACCGAUACGUUAACAACAAUAAUAAGAAUAAUAUUAACAACAAUAAUAAUUACAAAAAUACUCCAUUCUCUACAAUAUCUACGAACGUAUGUAUAUAAUAGGUAUAUUUAAAUGGUGCCUCUACCCUGUAUAGCUUCUGCAGCCUGAAUAAUAUAUAAAUUGUGAAAAAAUUCAAAUAAAUCAAAAAAAAAAAAACAAAAAAAACAAUUUAACAUAGAACGAUAUAUCACGCUAACUGAUAUUAUAUAUAUUUUAACAAAGAUGUGAAUACACAACAUACAGCUUGUGACUGAUCGAUAUGAAAUUAUUAUCCAAGGUAUUAACAUGACACUUAAGCUUAUCGUUGUUAUUAUUAAUAUUAUUAUUACUAUUACUAUCAUUAUUAUUGUUAUUAAUUUUUAUCAUAAUUACUGUUACAUUACUUUAUGAUUAUUUAGUAUUAAUGUUAUUACCGUUAGUAUGUCGUGAAAAAUAUUUUUCAACGAUAUUAUGUUGAAUUUAUCACAUAAUUAUCUCAUUUCAUCUGAUGAACAUACGUGUAUAUUCGAUGUGUUAUUGUAUGUCUCAUAUUACGUAGUACAUCAUUAUAGAAAAGAAAAAAGAGACGAGUAAGAAAUAAAGUGGAAAAAAAAUAAAAUAAAUAAAAUUAGAAAAAAUUAGAAAGAAAAAAAAACCUUUAAAAGUAAGAAAAAAGAAAAAAUGCUUAUUGUAAGGGGAAAAGAAAACAUAUCUGUUAGCGGAGAGUGAAAUAAAGAACGUGUCUUGUACGACGUCAUUAAAUGAG